AAGUCUUCUCAUGAGCUCAGCCUCAGCUGGAUCUAAAGCCUUCCCGGCAUUGUGAGUCAGCCCGAGAGGGACAGGAAAGCUGCUGUGUGGGCCCUGCUAGCAGGCUGCCAGUGUGACCUCACCUUCUCGGGGCCAGCUAUGAGUACCUGCAACUUCACACAUGCCACCUUUGUACUUAUUGGUAUCCCAGGACUAGAAGCAGCUCAGUUCUGGAUUGGCUUCCCCCUGCUUUCUAUGUAUGCUGUGGCAUUGUUUGGAAACUGCAUCGUGGUCUUCAUCAUAAGGAUGGAGCGCAGCCUCCACGCUCCCAUGUACCUCUUUCUCUGCAUGCUGGCAGCCAUCGACUUGGCCUUGUCCACAUCCACCAUGCCCAAGAUCCUCGCCCUCUUCUGGUUCGACUCCCGGGAGAUCACCUUUGAUGCCUGUAUGACCCAGAUGUUCUUUAUCCACGCUCUCUCAGCCAUCGAGUCCACCAUCCUACUGGCCAUGGCCUUUGACCGUUACAUAGCAAUCUGCCACCCGCUGCGCCAUGCCGCAGUGCUCAGCAACACAGUGACAGCCCAGAUUGGCCUGGUGGCUGUGGCCCGCGGAUCCCUCUUCUUCAUCCCACUGCCUCUGCUCAUCAAACGGCUAGCCUUCUGCCAAUCCAACGUGCUCUCGCAUUCCUACUGCGUGCACCAGGAUGUAAUGAAGUUGGCCUAUGCAGACACAUUGCCCAAUGUGGUCUAUGGUCUUACUGCCAUUCUGCUGGUCAUGGGUGUGGAUGCCCUGUUCAUCUCUUUGUCCUAUUUUCUGAUUAUACGAACUGUUCUACAACUGCCUUCCAAGUCGGAGCGGACCAAGGCCUUUGGAACCUGUGUGUCACACAUUGGUGUGGUACUGGCCUUCUAUGUGCCUCUCAUCGGCCUCUCAGUGGUGCAUCGCUUUGGGAACAGCCUUCAUCCCAUUGUGCAUGUUCUCAUGGGUGAUGUCUACCUACUUCUGCCUCCUGUCAUCAAUCCCAUCAUUUAUGGUGCCAAGACCAAACAAAUCAGAAUUCGGGUGCUAGCUAUGUUUAAGAUCAGCUGUGACAGGGAGUUUCAGCCUGUGGGAGGCAAGUGA